AUGUCAGUGAAGAUUGCUACCAAGACGCAGGUGGAAACCGUUUUAGACAAGUACGAUACAUUUCUAUUUGAUUGUGACGGUGUUUUAUGGUUAGGUAACCAUCUUUUGCCCAGCGUCGUGGAGACUCUGACUCUUCUGCGGUCGCAUGGUAAAAAGGUUAUUUUCGUGACAAAUAAUUCAACAAAGUCCAGAGCAGACUAUGUGCAUAAGUUUGAAAAGUUCGGUAUCAAGGCUUCCAGUGACGAGAUCUUCAGUAGUUCCUAUGCUACCGCUGUUUAUGUGGACAGUAUCUUGAAACUUCCAAAGGACAAGAAGGUCUGGGUUCUUGGUGGUUCAGGUAUUCAAGAUGAACUGAAGUUGGUUGGAUACGAGUCAAUUGGCGGAUCGGAUCCAACUUACAACAAAGAGUUAGAUUUAGACGAUCCAGAGUCUCCGAUCUAUCAUCUGGAUCCACAGGUCGGGGCUGUUGUUGUUGGAUUAGAUACUAAGAUCAACUACUUCAAAUCUGCCGUUACUAUGCAGUAUUUGAACAAUCCAGAGAUUCCGUUUUUGGCUACCAACAUCGAUUCUACAUACCCUCAUAAGGGUCUGAAACUUCCCGGAGCAGGAACUUGUGUCGAAACUAUUGCGUGUGCCUCCGGUAGAAAGCCGUUGACGAGCUGUGGAAAGCCAAAUCCAAGUAUGAUGGAUGCGAUUGUUAAAGCGCAUAAAAUAGAUAGAAGUCGGUCGAUCAUGGUCGGAGACCGGUUGAACACCGAUAUGAAGUUUGGAAGAGAAGGCGGACUGGCAACAUUGCUUGUUCUGACUGGAAUUGAGACCGUGCAAACUCUCAACCAGCUGGAAAAAGACGUGCAACCAACUUACUACUCCGAAAAAUUGGGCGAUCUUUUCGAGCUGCUGCAAUAA